AUGAUUAUUUUUGUCUUUAUAGCUACACGGAAUUUCCUGAAGCUGUGCAAACUAAAGUACUACAACUGGAAUCUUUUCCACUCAGUGCAAACCAACUUCAUUGCACAGACCGGUGAUCCCACUGGCACUGGAAAGGGUGGAAAGAGCAUAUAUGGAAUUGUAUUGGGUGAGGAAGCCCGUUACUAUGAGGCCGAACAGAUGCCAAAGAUCAAACAUAGUCGUGUAGGUUUGUUGUCCAUGGUAAAUUGUGGGAACAACAUGCUGGGCUCCCAGUUCUUCAUCACGUUAGGAUCAGAGCUGCAAUCCUUGGACAAUGAACACUGUGUGUUUGGAGAGAUAACAGAAGGAUUGGAAGUGAUUCUCAAAUUUAACGAGACUAUCUGCGACGGAGAUCAAAGGCCAUAUCAAGACAUAAGGAUAUCUCAUACCGUCAUCUUGGAAGAUCCGUUUGAAGAUCCUGUGGGAUUUGUAGUUCCGGAUAGAAGUCCGGAACCUACAAAGGAAGCUCUAAUGAGCGAUAGAAUUGGAGCAGAUGAAGCAAUUGACGAUACCGGUGGCAUGACCACGGAGGAGAUCAUGGAAAUGCAAAAAAACAAGGAAGCAAAGGCGAGAGCCACGAUAUUAGAAAUUGUGGGUGAUAUACCAGACGCGGAUAUUGCUCCGCCGGAAAACGUCUUGUUUGUCUGUAAAUUAAAUCCAGUCACGAACGAUGAUGAUCUUGAAAUUAUCUUCAGUCGUUUCGGAAAAAUUGUUGGUUGUGAAGUUAUAAGAGACCAUCAAACGGGCGACUCCUUGCAGUAUGCAUUCAUCGAAUUCGCGGAUCGUAAGAGCUGCGAGGAUGCAUAUUUCAAGAUGGACAACGUUCUAAUCGACGACCGAAGAAUACAUGUGGAUUUCUCGCAAUCAGUCGCGAAGAUGCGUUGGCGUGGCAAGGGGAAAGGUAUCCGGUAUUUUGACGAGGACGACAAGCCGAAGAAACGCGAGGACAAUUAUUCGUCCUCAAGGAAAUCUGAUGUAUCGCACAAUAAGGAUCAUGACAACGAUAAAAGUAAAGAGGAAGGAAAAAAAAAGGAGAAUGAUAAAGAUCGUGGUUCCGAACACAGAAAGCACGAGCGCCGAAGAGAAGACAGAGAUAUCAGAGACAGAAGAAAAGAAGAUAGAUUAUGUGAUGACCAUCAUGAGAGAAAUAAGUACGAUAACGAGCGAAAAGAUAAAAGAAGACGGGAGGAACGACGAGAUAGGGAUAGAAGUAAUCAGAGGAGAGGUCAUAGUGAAGACAGAUCGGAAAGAAGAAACAAGAGGGAAGAGAACAAUGACCGAAAAAGAGAUCACAGCGAAGAAAGAUUGGAAAGGAGAAGUAGAAGGGACGAUGAUAGGGAACGUCGGCAUCGUGAUAACGAGAGGAAAAGACUGGACGAUGAUGACGAUACGAGACACAGAGACAGAUACAGGCAUAAAAGAAAACGAUGAAAGAAAAUAAGACAUGAGAAGGCUAGAAAAGCAUUAAGCUACGUAUUCAUUAAAGUAGGUCUGUCCUAUUUUUAUUAAUUUAAGCUCCGGAAUCAAAACGCAAAUUCAUCGACGCAAAAAAUUCAAUGUGAAUAAAAUUUCGAGGAUUGUAAAGUAUUAAUAUGUAUUUAAGUGACGCUUAUCAACACUUUAUAGUUCUAAAAUCCUAUUAACAUUGAAUCUCUUUACGUUAAUAGUUUUGCGUUUUUGCAUCAGAAAUCAAAUUGGACAAACUGCACUAAAGGAACAUAGAGUAGCAUUUGCAUUUCUAUUGCCUGUUUCCAUAAAAGUUUCAUAUUUCUCAAUGUUCCUCGUCGCUAGGAACAGAAACAUGAGAUUAGAUCUAGCUCUAUAUAGAAACAGGAUUA